AAAGCACCAUGGCCAACCCACUCCACAUUCUUGUUGAUGUCAUCGGGGAAACCCACCCAUCCAAACUUCUUUUUAGGUCAGUCAACCAGUCGAUCUAAUCCCGGCUUGGUGAUGGGUGCUGGCCAAUUGGUGGUGGGAUCCUUCUAACAACCCUGGAUCCUCAGAGGAUGUCCUCCAUCUGCUCUCCUUACUAAUCUUUUUCUUUGUUCUUUCUUAGUUUUGAUGCGACAGUGACCUCUAUUAACAUCCCCUAAUGCUCUGUUUUAACCUCUUAGAAACUCUGCCAUGGAAGAAAGAGCUUUUGGGUGGUAGGCUUAAAACGUGUAAAUAUUUGAUCAGCACCACCCAAAAGGUUUUUCUUCCAGUAGCAAUCUCUCUAUCUGUUUGAAGGUCAGUUGAUGUUUAUGCUAACAUUGAUCGCCUCCACAGCUUAAACUCGACCUGGAUCACAGCAGUGCUUCUCCUCACUCACCAAAUAUUUAUUUUUCAUUGGUUCUGUGUACUGAGCUGCUGUUUAUCUACACUUCUUUCCUUCACCAGUAGUUGGCGUUCAUCCCGAGUGAACCACUAACAAGAGAUGAUUUCUGACACCGAAUACCAUAGUUGCCUCACUGUAGUUGACUCGCUAGCAGGCAACUAACAAAUAUUUGAAGAAUGACAAUAUUCCAUAGUUGUUCUGACCCGGGUCAUAAUCUUGAAUAAUCCUACAAGAUUAUGGACUCAUGUGGAAUUACAGAAAGCCUCCAAAUGGGAUAGUUCUCAUUGCAUACGGAAGUUUAACUGGGGGCUAUUGACUCUAUGCCAUGCUGAGACACGACUCACGACUCAACCGUCCAACAGCCGUUGAGUAGACGAUGUUCAGAGAAGAAAAGUGUGAUUUUAUCAGCCGGGAGCAUUCCUCAGAGCCUUCUCUCGCUGCACACCAGAUAAUCUGAUAAUCUGAUUACACUGGAAACGGGAGCUUUCUGUCGUCCUCACUCACAGAUAUUUGGUGCUUGUUUGCAUUGAAGCUCUGUGAAAAAAGUCACUGAAGCUCUUAUGAACAUAAAAAUCAAACAUGGUUUCAUAGCUCCGCAUGGACUCAAAACUAUGAUUUUUUUGUUUAAAUGCGGUGUCUGCUUAAAAAGAUUUGGGAUAAUUCGGUACCUUUGCAUACAGCAAUCAGACACUCCUCAACUCAAGUCUGUGGGACAUGUAGAAACGAAAACACAACAAUUUAAUGGGAGUUACAUCGAAUACAAUCUGACCAGAGAAGCCGUUGGAUGAUAAACAACCAAAACAUUGCAUGUAAUGUUGGUGCCAACAACCUGCCAGACUUAAGACAUUUGGCAGGUUCCUUGGAAGUCUGUAUUUGCUCCAAGUGUGUAAUGACGCAUAGUGAGGCCGUAAAAAAAAAAAAAAUAAGUGGCAGUUGACAACAAAAACACAGAGAUGUCCCACAGUGUGAUGUUUAGAUGUCUGUUUGGUUUGUAACCAUGCAUGGGGAUGGGGGCAAUACCGACGGUGGUGAUUGGUUGUUGCCGUGUGCUUGGCUGUGAGUGACAGUGGUAUGUGACCCGUCCCAGGUGGAGGAGCGAUCUAAGCUGAACAGGCAGAGCUCCCCAGCGCUGCAGCCCAAAGUGUCCAACCGCAUCUCCGACCCCUCCCUCCCUCCCCGCUCCGAGUCCUUCAGCAGCGGGGGCAUGCAGCCCGCCCGCACCCCACCCAUCCACCGCUCCAUUGAACCACAGAUGGCCCACCUGGUCCCAGUGAAGACCCACUCCGGGUCCAUGUCCGGUUCUCAGUCCCUGCAGGAUCAGACGGGCUCAGCAGCUCUGAGUGAAGGGGUCAGCGUGUCUGGCUCCCCCAGGCCCGAGAUGCCCCGCCAGAACUCGGACCCCACCUCUGACACCCCCGGACCCCCGCAGCGCAUCGCCGGCAGGGAGGACCGGGACAGAGACAGGGACAGGGAUCGGGACAGGACCGCCUGGCUGAGAGAGGAGGACAUGCCACCCAAGGUCAGAGAAUCACAUUCAGAAAGAAGACACUAUUUCUGUUUAAAG